UUUGUGUUUUCUCAAAGCAACGAGCUAGAGGUCGAGAUGGUGGUAGUCCUCCGCUUCCUCGUUGUGCUCCUCCUGCCAUCGGCGACGACGCUCAUCGCGGCGGGCGCUGCUGAUUCGUCGGAGUACUCGUGCAACCGCACCACGGGCAGCUUCACGCCCGGCGGCGCGUUUGCCGCCAGCCUUGACACCCUCGUCGCGGCGCUCGUGGCCAACGCCUCGUCCUCCUCGUCGCUCUUCGCCACGGCGGCCGUCGGCGCCGGCCCGGACGCGGCGUACGGCCUCGCGCUCUGCCGCGGCGACGUCACGGACCCCAGCGUCUGCUCGGCGUGCCUCGGCGACGCGUUCCGGCGGUUGCGGGAGCUCUGCGCCCGGGGCAGGGAUGCCACGCUCUACAGCGACGCGUGCACGGCCCGGUACUCCGGCGAGGACUUCCUGGCGCGGCCCGGCGACAACUCCCCCGUGAUCAACGGCUUGGACGCGAACGCGUCGGCGUACUACCCCGGGUGGGACGCCAGGAACGCGACGAGCCGGAGCUUCUUCCUGUCGCUGGGCGCCACCCUGUUCGGGGAGCUCGCCAUGUACGGGGCCUACAACUCCUCGGCGGCGCGCCGGUUCGCGAGCGCCGUCAUGUACAUCAACCCGCAGCUGCCGACGGUGUACGGCCUGACGCAGUGCACGCCGGACCUCGCGCCGGCGCAGUGCUGGCACUGCUUCCAGGGCCUCGGCGUCCAGCUCGGGCAGUGGUUCGACGGACGCGAGGGCGGGCGCAUCAUCGGCGUCCGCUGCAGCUUCCGGUACGAGGCGUACAAGUUCUUUGCCGGCACGCCGGACGUCCAGAUCGGCCUGCAGGGCAGCCCGUCGACAGCUCAGAGGAAAGGAAGCAACAAAAGAAAGGUUGUGAUUGUCGCUGUCGUCGUACCAAUCACGGUGUUGUUCUGUGCCAUGGUUGCCGGCCUUCUUCUAGUAACACAGAGAAAGAGAGCCGUGGAGCUACUGGAGCGCCGGCGAGCACACUCCCGAAAUAACAACUCCAAGACGGAGGAGGCACUGAAGCUGUACCGAAUCGAGGAGGGCAGCAGCUCGGAGUUCGCGGUCUACAGCUUCGCCGAGAUGGCGGCCGCGACCGGCGAUUUCUCCGACGAGAACCUGCUCGGCAAAGGCGGCUUCGGCCCUGUCUACAAGGCGAGCUGGCGUUUUGCAUCAGGUUCGAGUGCUUGACUGACAGGUGAGCUGCAAUGACUGACUCUGAUUCUUCCGCAGGGGAAGCUGCCGGACGGCGCCGAGAUCGCGGUGAAGCGACUGGCGUCGCAUUCCGGGCAGGGGCUGGAGGAGUUCAAGAACGAGAUCCAACUCAUCGCCAAGCUGCAGCACACCAACCUGGUCCGACUCAUCGGCUGCUGCGUCCAGGAUGAGGAGAAGCUGCUCGUCUACGAGUACAUGCACAACCGCAGCCUUGACUGCUUCAUCUUCGGCCAGCAGCAGGUGCAGUUGCUGGACUGGGAGAAGCGGCUGCACAUAAUCGAGGGGAUCGCGCAGGGGCUCCUCUACCUGCACAAGCACUCCCGGGUGCGCAUCAUCCACCGUGACCUCAAGGCCAGCAACAUCCUGCUGGACAAGGACCUCAACCCCAAGAUCUCCGACUUCGGCAUGGCCAGGAUCUUCGGCUCCAACACGACAGAGGACAACACCAGCAAGGUCGUCGGCACAUAUGGCUACAUGGCUCCCGAGUACGCCUCGGAGGGCAUCUUCUCGGUGAAGUCCGACGUGUACAGCUUUGGCGUGCUGCUGCUGGAGAUCGUCAGUGGCAAGAGGAACAACGGUCACCACCACUACGGGGAGUUUGUCAACCUGCUUGGAUACGCGUGGCAAAUGUGGAGUGAAGGCAGGGCGUUGGAGCUGGUCGACCCGUCGCUGGGCGAGCGCAGCGAGGUCGCGAGCAUCAUGCGGUGCAUCAGGGUAGGGCUUCUGUGCGUGCAGGAGAACGCGACGGACCGGCCGACCAUGGCGGGUGUGACGGCGAUGCUGGCGGCCACCGACGGAGGAGCCACGGCGGCGCUCCCCGACCCGACGCGGCCGCCGUACUUCGCCCUCAGGGUCGGCAUCAGCGGCGGCGGCGAUGGAUCGGAGGCCCGGGCACGGUCGCACAGCACGUCGUGCAGCACCAACGAGCUCACCAUCACCACCAUCCAAGAGGGCAGGUGAUUGACUGACUCGAGGGCUAUCGGCGUCUCGACUUGUCAUAAGAAACCGUUUAUGACACCGUCCAGCAAGUAGUUUUCCAUGUAAUCUUCCAUACUCAAGUAGUCGACAGUUGAGCUUGAGCAGAUUAUUACGU